GUGCAACUUGUCAGAGUCAUUUAAAGAUUAAAAAACAGAUAAAUACUAAUAUAUAGAGAUCAUAUAGUUUAUCUUAUACGUUUCUUGGUUGAAAAUGAGACAAUGUUAUAUUGUCAAUGUUAUAACCUGUAUGUGGCAAUACGUAGUUCAUUGUCCUGGUAACUGUCAGGUGUGCUGCAGUUCCACACAAUCACCGUGGGAGACUGCCACAUAAAGGCGGGCGUAAAGCACCUGUCAGCCCCUUGCUUGCUGGAGGCUGGGUCGCGUCACUCCUGUGCUUCCUCCAUUUCCGCGUUCGUGUGGUUACAGGUGGGCUGCCGGCUGCACUUCUCACGUAUGUCGCCCAUCCAGUGCUAAUGUUAUUGUUUUAUAAAGGUCCACCUGGGUGUUGCUGCGCGCUGUGUGCCGCGCUGUGUGCCGCGCUGUGUGCCGCUCACUGUCCGCCGCUGGUCGCUCUCGGGGAGCGUGAUUCCUCCGUCCCACGCUGUGUUGGCCGGGAUCGCCUGAUCGGUGCUGAGCCUACGGUGGUGGAUUGGUGUCCUGGUCACGGUGUCCCCUUUUUGUUGUGUUAGCACUUUGUAGCUUCUUCGUUUUGUUUACUUUUAUUUGCUUCACGUGUGGUGUUCCUGGGAUCCCCUUUUCUUUUGGAUACGGUUUAUCGCUGUAGGUCUCAGCACUGAUUGGUUUCCCUUAUAUGCCCCCUUACGUGGAAGUGUCCAAUUUGAUUGAUUUAUUCUACAGCUCUGAUUCGGACAAGAUGCAAAACACAGAGACUACGUUUGAACCAGUGAAGUCAGAUUCCUCAGACAACCACCCAUCAACACCAUCAUCCACUGAGGAUGAGGCCCUGAAAAAUAAGCACCAAUCAAAGAAGAAAAAUGGCAGAAGGGCCUUGGACAAGGCACCAUCAUCCACUGAGGAUGAGAUGCCCCUCGGAUCUCAGGCUUCCAGCCUCAGUGUUCCUAAAAGACCACUGCCAGCGAGAGACCGCCACUCUUCAAAGCAGGUGGAAGUGUCCAAUUUGAUGGAUUCAUUCGACCACUCUGACCACCCAUCAUCAACACCAUCAUCCACUGAGGAUUAGGGAUGGGUAUCGAAAACCGGUUCUUGUUGAGAACCGGUUCCGACUGUUUUGAUUCCUUGGAAUCGUUUGCCAGUUUUGCAAACGAUUCCCUUAUCGAUUCCGAGCGGGCGCGAAUGACGUCACCACGCACGUUGCGUAGCUUACGCAAGAUAGGUACGCAACGUGCGUAGCGACGUCCAGUGCAGUGCAGCCGGCAACAUGGCACCCAAGCGGUACAAACGCUCGAAAGUGUGGUUACAUUUCACGAGAAAGGGUGACAACAGGGUAACUUGCAAUAUUUGCAAAGUGGAGAUUUCAUCAACGGGAGGAAAUACUACCAAUAUGCAGAAACAUUUGCGCACACAGCAUGCGAUAACUUUGAAUGAAUGUCGCGUUUUCGAUACGCUCCGGAGUGAUUCUCAACCCAGCAGCAGCAGCAGCAGCAACGUUAGCAUGUCCUCCUCUGCUGUUAAUACCGCAGGUAACAACACUGCCUAUCAUGUUAGCGCCAUUUGCCUCGUUGUAAAACCUGCUAUUACUAACAGUUAACAUUAAAUGAAUGCCUUCUGCAUUUAAUUUAGAAAAUGACCGUGACAAGGGGCUGACUGGCUCAGAGGCUGGCAGUGCAUGUCUACCUGUAGCCCCUCUUUUCACGGAGGCAGGGAAAGCUAUGACCCAG